AAUACGAGGCACAAGAAAGGCACGUUAGCCUGGGAACUGAUUUAAUAUAUGAAUUAAUUGUUAUCAAACCUAUAGAUGUUUCCACCACACGAUGGCGUGAACGCGAUGACCACUCAUUUGAAGUCACAACGUCACCAAUAGCGCAUGUGACAACGCCCGCUAACCCUGUUCACACUUCCCGUGGUACCCCAACUGAACCAACACCGGGUCCAUCAAUGCCAUGCGAGGAAGUUUCAUGUCCCGAUGGUUGGUUAUUGAAAUGCUAUGGUGCAGAAGUAUCGUGUUAUAAAAUAGAAGUAAAUCGUCUAACCUGGCAAGAAUCGAAUGAUAACUGCGAAGCUAUGGGUGCUCACUUGGUAUUCAUUACAGAUGAUGAAGAAGCAGAAUUUUUGGAGUCAGCGAUGGGUGGUGUAUCUAUGGCUGGUUGCGACCCACUGUAUUCGUGUCGUUAUUUUAUAGGAAUCAGACUUACUUCCACAGGAUACGAGUACACAAAUGGUGAAAGUGUCAGCUACUUCCGUUGGAAUGAGGGUGAACCAAAUGAUGAAACCCAGCAACAUAACUGUGUUGAUAUUACAAGAUUGUCAGAAUGGAACGAUUUGCCUUGUUCCUGGCGAAGACGAUAUGUGUGCGAGUUUGAAAUACAA